GACAUGAGUGAAGAAACACUAUACAGGAAGUAGCUAGCUACAUAACUGCAGUAGGUUGUCUGCCGGGUUGUUUAUUUAUAGCCGCUCAUAUCUGAAUGUACAUUUUGUGUGAGCUUCUGGACCGAAUGACAUUGACUGCGUUUACUGUGCAAUUUGUUUACCUCGCUGCAUGCAGUUGAAUCGACAAAUUAUGAGAGAGAGGGUGUGUGUGGUGGUGUGAUCCUGUGUGUCUUCUCUGUGCCAUGGAGAAGCCGUGGAGGCUGUGGGGCUCGGUGGAGCGCUGUGCCCUGGCCUUGGCCUCCUGGUCCUGGGGUGUCUGUCGCAUCUCCCUCCUGGCCCUUAUCCUCACCUUCCACCUCUAUGGAGGCUUCUUCCUCCUGGCUCUCAUCCUGGCCUCGGUGGCUGGCAUCCUUUACAAGUUCCAGGAUGUGCUGCUCUACUUCCCCGACCAGCCCUCCUCCUCCCGUCUGUACGUGCCCAUGCCCACAGGCAUCCCCCAUGAGAACGUCUACAUCCACACCAAGGACGGCGUGCGCCUCAAUCUUAUCUUGCUCCGCUACACUGGUGGAGACAGCCUGGGCAACCCUGGGGUCGCCCCCGGCAAUGCAUCUAACCCCUGCUCCACGGCCCCACCCACCAUUCUCUAUUUCCACGGCAAUGCGGGCAACAUCGGGCACCGGGUGCCCAACGCACUCCUGAUGCUGGUGAACCUGAAGGCCAACGUGGUGCUGGUGGACUACCGGGGGUAUGGGAAGAGCGAAGGUGAGCCCAGUGAGGAUGGCCUGUACCUGGACGCCCAGGCCACGCUGGACUACGUGAUGACCCGGCCCGACCUAGACAAGACCAAGGUGAUGCUGUUCGGCCGCUCUCUGGGGGGGGCGGUGGCAGUACGCCUGGCCUCGGCCAACCCUCACCGCGUGGCGGCCAUCGUGGUGGAGAACACCUUCCUCAGCAUCCCCCACAUGGCCGCCACACUCUUCUCCUUCUUGCCCAUGAGGCUGCUGCCCUUAUUGUGCUACCGGAACCAGUUCUUGUCCUACAGACAGGUGGCACUGUGCCGGAUGCCCUCGCUGUUCGUGUCAGGCCUGUCAGACCAGCUCAUCCCACCCGUCAUGAUGAAGCAGCUGUACGAGCUGUCGCCGGCGCGGACUAAACGUCUGGCCAUCUUCCCAGAGGGCACGCACAACGACACGUGGCAGUGCCAGGGCUACUUCGCCGCUCUCGAGCAGUUUGUCAAGGACCUGAUGAAGAGCCACGCCCACGAGGAGAGAGUCCAGUCAACGGCCAGCGUCACCAUCAUCUAGUCUAGUGGGGAGGGAGGAAGACUGUCUGGUCUAGAGAACCCUGCAUUCCAUACUCCAUAUACAGUUGUGUAGAUCGGAAAUGAUUGAAUAAGUCUAAUAAGCAAAAUGGAAAAGCUAGGGCAAGGUGCAGCCAACCACUACCAUAUUGCUUAUACCUGUCCAGUUCUUUAUGAUCUACAUUAAGUACCUAUGGUGGGUUAUGGGUUGUUCCUGGACCAGGUCAUGGAGUUAGUGUGAUGGUAGGAUACAGGAGAGUGGCUAUUACUCCUCCAUUUGAAUGAACAGGAGUAACUAAACUGGGCUCAACUACUAGGGUCAGGUUAGAGAGAAUGUACAUUUCUAUGUUUUUUGGGAGGUUUGGUUUUUGUUUUCUUAUUCUGUUGGUGUAAUUGUACCAGAUCAAACAAUUGGGGAGUAUAUUUGGAGGGGGACAGUGUUUUUGAUGUGGGGGGAUGAUUAACAUGGAAAUGCUUUUGUGUUUGAACUUUGAAUGCAUGGGUGAAUAUGUACUUGUUAUGGCCUUCUUUGAAUGGCUUAUACACACAACCAUGUUCAUACUGUCAGACACAACACAACCACAGGUUUUUACAACGAACAUAACAGAAUUUCAGUAAAUCAAUAAAAAUGUUUGAUUAGCGUAAUAGCAUUUCAGUAACUCAAUAAGAAUUGUUUGACAAAUAUGAAAAGCUUUUCACAAAUUCAAUAAAAGUCUUGCCUUGUUGUAAUGACGUAAGACCCGAGAUCAUGGCAUUUAAAAGAAAUGAUAUAAUCUAUGCUAUUUCAGGACACGCUGUUUUAAAGUUAAAUGUGUGAGGAUCUUAAAGGCUUCAUAAUAUAAAAUCAUGUUCAUAUCAGUCGGUAGAUUACCAUGUGGGCUGUACCGUAUUGGUUCUCUGUAGACUGUGUGGCACAUUGAAAAGCUGCACAAACUGCAAGUUUCCCUACCAGACUGUUUUUUGUUAGAAAUCCCUUGAUUAUAUUCCUUUUUUGCAAAGGUCCCGUUCUUAUGUUCUCUGACAAUAAAUAUCAACUCCGAUGUG